AUGAGCUCUCAUCAUGGAGAGAACGAGCCCUUGCUGGGUAGCAGCUCAACCAGUCAAGGUCAUUCUCAUCCUCCCAUCGUUCGUGAUUUCACCCACCUAGAAGACGUCGCGUCACUAGAUGAACGGACUUUGGCGGAAGAAGAGGUGACACCUCAAGAUGACGAUGUGUCGACGAAACGGCAUCUCGGGCUAACUAGCACUGUCUUUCUGAUAUUCAACCGCAUCAUCGGCACUAGCAUCUUCGCUACACCAAGUGUCAUCCUCCGUGCCUCCGGGAGUGUCGGACUCUCCUUCGUCAUGUGGCUGUUGGGAGCAACGAUCGCUGCCUGCGGUACUGCCGUGUACAUAGAACUGGGGACUGCACUGCCAAAGAAUGGCGGCGAAAAGAACUACCUAGAAUACAUAUACCAGCGGCCCAAGUUCCUCAUGGCCUGUGGCUACGCUGCAUACGCCAUGCUUAUUGGCUGGUCCGCAGCAAACGUCAGCGUCUUCGGAGAAUACGUGCUGCACGCCAUUAACCCCACGCAAACGCCGCCUCCAAUAGCUACCCGACUAGCCGGUGUCUUCUGCAUCACCUUCGCGCUGGUCAUCCACGGCACUCGCCCUGCAUGGGGGGUCCGCUUGCAGAAUGCGCUAGGCGUCCUGAAGCUCAUGGCCCUGUGCGCUAUUGCUCUGAGUGGGCUCGCUGCACUUGCCAGAUUGCCAGGGUUCAAGCUUGACGAACCACCGCGCAAUUUCGAGUGGUCACACAUGUGGGAGGGCAGUGGUAAAGGCGGGGUGAGCGCCUUCGUAACCGGCCUUUUCACCGUUGUCUGGGCCUUCGUCGGGUACUCCAACGCGAAUUACGCCCUCUCCGAAGUGCGCGACCCCGUGCGGACGAUCAAGCUCGCGGCGCCGCUCGCCGUCUUCUCCGUCACGAUCGCGUACCUCCUCGCGAACGUCGCGUACUUCGCCGUCGUACCCAAGGACGAGAUUCUGGGCAGCGGCCGGAUCGUGGCAGCACUGUUCUUUGGCAAGCUGUGGGGCAUUGGUGCGGAGCGGAUCGUGGCUGGGAUAGUGGCAGUGUCGACGUUUGCGAAUAUCAUGACUGUCCUCUAUACACAAGGACGAGUCAUCCAAGCCCUCGGGCAAGAAGGCAUCAUCCCCUUCUCCGCCUUCUUCGCAAGCAACAAGCCGUUCGGCGCGCCCCUCGCGGGCCUCUUCGAGCAAUGGUUCGUGACCACCUCGCUCGUGCUCAGCGUCCCCACAGGGGACGCCUAUCUCUUCAUGAUCAACAUGAUCACCUACCCGAUCUCGCUGAUCAACAUGUUCGUCUCGCUCGGGCUGCUCUACCUGCACACGCCGCUGCGCGCGCGGCUCAGCCCGGGGCUGCACGCGCUCUGGGCGCCGCCUUUCCGCGCGUGGACGUCGGUCGUCGCCGUCUUCUUCCUCUCGAACGUCUUCCUCGUCCUCGCGCCGCUCGUCCCGCCCGCACCGGGCUUCAAGGUGUACGAGAACCUCCCGUACUGGCUGCAUGUGUUGGCGGCGGCGUCGAUCUCGCUGCUGGGCGUGGGGUAUUGGUAUGUGUACUGGCAGUGGUUGCCGCGUCGGGGAGGAUACAAGCUUGUAAGGGAGUGGGUGAGGGAGGAUGGAGCUACGCGGAGCGUCAUACACAAGGUCAAGCUAUAGAUAAAUCACGGAAGCUCUGCCGAGGGAUGUAUUACGUUGCUUCAUAAAAUCUCAUGGGACUUGGGCUGCACACUGUG